AUGACUGAAGUUUCAUACAAAUCACUGAUUGCAAAAGAAGCUGAUAUUGAUAAACUUUACGGAGCUACUACGAAUCCUGAAGUUGUUGACAUUGAAAAUCUGACUAUAGUGAAGCAUAAAGGUUCUGGUACAGGAAAAUGUUUAAAAAGUGCUUUGGAGAAAGCUACUAUUCAAGGUAACAAGCAAUCGAGAUCAUGCAAACCAUGUGGGGUUAAAGGGUAUAAUUCAAGGAAAUGUUUGCCAUUGCUUAAUAACUCCAAGGUACAAAGUGCAUAG